AUGUUGGCGCAUGUACGGUCGCGUUGCACUAUUGCAAGGCAGACUGGACUCGCUGCAAAAUUCCAGGCCAACCAGGACGAGGCUUUGGCAAAGAAGAAGAGCUGGAAAGUGAUCCCGGGUGGGAUGGAUUGCACAGCGUGUGGAAAAAAGUGUACAAGCUUAGGUCAAUAUGAGGCACACUACCGCACUCAUGGGUCAGGGAAGUGUAAAUGCAGUAUCUGUGCGGUCGGAUUUGAACAUUCUUCAAGCCUUGGGAUGCAUCGGAAGGAGGCUCAUCCUGAAUUGUUGGUCGUGCAAUGUGUCCAAUGUGAGGAAAAGUUCCAGGACGAGACUAUGAUGAAAAAUCAUCUGAGGAAGGUUCACCGUUUGAAAAGAACUAUAAGACUCCCGGAGACUAAGGUAGGAGGAAGAGGAUGCGAAGACGAGGCCGAGGUAGUGGACUGUAAUACCAAUAAUGGUCAAGAUGUGGAUCCCUUAAUGUUUUAA